UGUGGCAGAGAUUCUAUCAUCGUCUGUUUCAUCUCAAUUCAAAUCCCCAAUUUUUGAAAAGCAAAAACCCUUAACUGCACGAAUUUCAUCGGAAGGUCAACCAUUUCAAUAGUCUUCUUCUCCGAUCGUUGCUUUUUUUCGCAUUUGCUAUUUCGUAAAUUAUUCACCUUUGUUGUAUUUCUUCGAUCGGGGGACAGUUCCCAAUUCCCAGGAUUGUUGUGGUUUCUGUUUUGUUUAUUUGUAUCUAGGGUUCUUACUUGAUUAAUAAAAAAAUAAUCAAAGUUUGAUUUUUUCCGUUUUGAAGAAAAAAAAUUCGUCGAUUUCACCAGGAAGUCGUACAUAUUGAGAAACAGUCAAUUUUCCCGGAUUUUUUUUAAUGUCAAAUAGUUUUGAAAUUUAAUUCUUCGUUUUCGGUUGCGUUGUGGCGGUUGAGAGGGUUUUAGAAAGUUGUUGGUGGAGAGGAUUGCAUGGGAGAGCAUGGAUGGUGGAAGGCACUGGGCGGGUUAUUACCGAACGGCGGCUUGUCACCGAAUGAAGCCGGUUCGAUGGAUAUGAUAUUUGACUCGGAGCGAUGGACCAUGGCUGAGGAAAGAACCGCCGAACUCAUUGCCUGCAUACAGCCCAAUGCAGUCUCGGAAGGUCGCCGGAAUGCUGUCGCCAACUAUGUCCAGCGCCUCAUCUCCAAAUGCUUCCCUUGUCAGGUCUUUACUUUUGGGUCUGUGCCCCUCAAGACAUAUUUACCAGAUGGGGAUAUCGACUUGACCACUUUCAGUAAGGAUCGAAAUUUGAAGGAUACAUGGGUUCAUCAGGUUCUUGAUAUGCUGCAAAAUGAAGAAAAACACGAGAAUGCUGAAUUCCGAGUAAAAGAAGUUCAAUACAUUCAGGCCGAGGUGAAGAUAAUAAAGUGUCUUGUAGAAAACAUUGUGGUAGACAUUUCAUUUAAUCAGCUUGGUGGAUUAUGUACUCUUUGUUUCCUUGAAGAGGUUGAUCUUUUGAUAAAUCAGAACCAUUUGUUCAAACAUAGCAUCAUAUUGAUAAAGGCAUGGUGUUAUUAUGAGAGCCGUAUAUUGGGUGCCCAUCAUGGACUUAUCUCAACAUAUGCCCUGGAAACCUUAGUUCUUUACAUAUUCCAUGUUUACAAUAAUUCCUUUUCUGGACCGCUUGAGGUCCUGUAUCGUUUUCUUGAGUUCUUUAGCAAGUUUGAUUGGGAAAAAUUUUGUGUUAGCCUAUGGGGUCCUGUUCCAAUUCAUUCACUUCCUGACAUAACAGCUGAACCUCCUCGAACAGAUGGUGGAGAGCUGUUACUUAGCAAAUAUUUUCUUGAUACUUGUAAUUCACGAUAUGCUGUUUUCCUAGAAAAUCAGGACCAAUCCUUUGUUUCCAAACAUUUCAAUGUAAUUGAUCCUUUGCGUCUAAGUAACAAUCUUGGACGCAGUGUUAGUAAAGGUAAUUUCUUUAGGAUACGGAGUGCGUUUUCAUUUGGAGCUAAAAAGUUGUCAAGAUUACUUGAUUGUCCUAAAGAGGACCUGUGUUAUGAAGUAAAUCAAUUCUUUAUGAAUACAUGGGAAAGGCAUGGCUGCGGCCAACGUCCGGAUGCACCAAGGAAUGAUUUGCGGCUGUUGAGAUUUCUAAAUUCGGACCCCACUCAUGGAUCUGAGAAUUUCAGGAACAAUUCAAGCACCAAUGGAAACCAUAUUUCCUCAGGGCAUGAAACUCAAGCUGAAGGAGUUCAAGUAUCAAGUGGUGUUUCCUUACAUAAUGUCAACCAUCCAUUGGAAAGCACAAUUACUGAUGUCUCUACUGCUUUUGAUGCAAAAAGCCAGAAGACCUAUGGUAGCAUGAGCAACUCAAAGACCUCUGAUCAGGCUAGACGGAAAAGUAAUUCUAAUCAGUAUAUGCUUAAUGAUAGAGGUAAGAGAAUUUUAAAGCAGAGAUUUGGUGACUGGUGUUCAAGGAAGAAAUCUUUUUGCAAGAACACGUUCCAGUCCUGACUUACUGAAACUUUUGGGCAAGUUACUUCUCAAGGAAGGCGGAACAUGAUGCUAGAGAGUGGGAAAGCCGAGGUCGGUUCAAUACGAUCAGGUAAUAAUGGGAGGAAGAACAUGGAAUCUGUUACGGUGGCAAUCAAUAACAUUAAAUCUUCACGUGAUGAUCCAAUUGAGCCUACUAGCAGUAACUUUAGUUCUCAAGAAACUAAUCCUGUAAAAGUGGAACAUGAGUUAUGGUGCGAACAGGAAAGAGGCUCUAAUGGUGGUUUUGAUCUUGAUAAUAGAAGUUUUGAAAUGCUUCAGUCAGAUGAUAAGCAGUUUUCAACUUCAGCAGGCUCUAGGGUUGGCAUCUCUGGUAGUUCUAGUAAAGCCCAACAGAAGUUUACUAAAGAAACUCAAGUAUCAAGAGAAGAUCGUUUAGAUGUUUGCCAAUAUCAAGAUAAUAGAGCUAGUGAUGUUUGCUUAGAUGAAAAAAUUGCAAGUUCUGGAUCCAUGCCUGCUUCACAUACUAGUUCAAUUAGAAGUAAAACCUCAUUAGAAAGUUCUUGGGAAGGCUCAUCAGCAAGGGUCUCUCAGCCUGCUAGGGAGGAGCAAGAUAGGAAAACAGCUGCUUCUGUCCUUCCUUCUGCUGCAUGUGGGGAUGGUAAGAGUGUAUCUGAACACUCCUCACAGGUAGAUGAUGAUGACAAUUUGCCAUCAAUAGUGGGCACUGAAAUGGUUGAACGAACUAUUGGAUCUCAAUUGGGUGGUUUGUUGCGUGUUCAAAAGAAACAAAUGCCUGGAUUUGAGGAAGCUCAGAUGAAUGGAUCAGAUCCACUGAUACCUAGUGCUCCAUUCCUCUUAGGUCCAGAUUCAGGCCAAAUAACAGUGGAUAAUUCCGGAGCUCCCCCCUUGGUCUUCACGAUAGCAGGGCCACCAGUUCCAUUUUUGUUUUGUCCUGUGUACAACAUUCCAGAAGAAACAGGAACUCCAGAUGCAUCAACAAGCCCUUUUUGUUGGGAUGACGAUUUGGAUAACAAUGAUUCUGGUAAAAAAUUUGAAUCAUCUGAGAUACUUGAUCAGUCUGAGGUGUUAAGUACAUCUAGUUUUAUGAGAGAGGUUUCAUCUCUUGAGCCAUCAGAGCAUAAGUCUGACAUUCUUGACGGUGACAUUGCUAAGCAUUGGCAAAAUUUGCAGUACGGACGGUUUUGCCAAAAUUUUAGAAAUCCUCCAAAUUUGAUUUAUCCUUCACCCAUUGUGGUGCCACCGGUCUAUUUACAAGGUCAUUUCCCAUGGGAUGGUCCCGGGAGACUUCUUCCUUCCAACAUGAAUCUCUUUUCUCAACUUACAAGUUAUGGGCAUCGCAUUCUUCCUGUUACUCCCCUCCAAUCUGUUUCGAACAGACCUGCCAAUGUAUUUCCAAGGUAUGUUGAUGGAAUGCCAAGAUAUCGCAGUGGUACGGGGACAUUCCUGCCAAACCCUAGAUUCCCGAUGAGAGAACGCUAUUCUGCAAACACAAGGAGGGGGAAAUAUAAUUAUGACAAAAAUGGCCACCUUGGUGAUAAAGAAGGGAACUGGAAUGCUAAUACCAAGUUGCGGACUGCUGGGCACAGCCAUGGUCGCAACCAAAAUGAGAGCAGAGCUGAGCGGUCUUGGGGAUCAGAUAGACAUGAUUCAUUUACUUUGUACCAGUCUCGGAAUGGACAAGUCCGCUCAAACUCUUCACAAAGUAGUUCUGCCAGCAUGCCAUAUGGCAUGUACCCACUACGAGCCAUGAACUCGAAUGGGGUGUCAUCUAAUGGACCUAGUACCACUCCAUCUGUUGUCAUGAUGUAUCCAUAUGAUCAUAAUUCUAGUUAUGAUAACCCUGCUGAGCAACUCGAAUUUGGCUCUCUUGGGGGUUUCUCUGGCAUGAAUGAAGUGUCACAGCUAAGUGAUGGAAGUAGCUCAACUGGAGUGUAUGAUGAGCAAAGGUUUUAUGGUACUACUGCGCAACAGUCGCCACCAGACCAGCCUUCUUCGCCUAUCUCCAAAGUUGGCUAAACCAAUCGGCUUGAAAACUUCUCUGCAUCUAUAGUAUGCUAAUAUCCAUGUCCUAGAAGAGUCACAAUCGAGAGGUGAGGAUUCCCGAGCCCUUGCUUUUCCAUAUGAUGAGGGAAGAAAUGAUGGUGGCGAUAAGAAUAAUGAGAAAACCUCCCCUUAUCAGGUUUUUGUUCUCAUCUCAUUCAUUAAAGCAAGAAG